GCUGAGAGGCCCUGCUGCUUCUCACCUCCACUACAUGGCAGAAGUCCGUAGGCUGAGUCUUUUAAGGAAAGGUUAAAUGACACUUAGCUAGAUAAAUGUUUAUUAGAAGUAUCUCUCAAAGGAAAGGGAUUUUCCACCAAAGAUAAGCUUUGCUUUUAAACUUAGACUAUAUCUCCCUUCAGAUGAGUAAGAUGGACAUGCACACGGGGAAUAAGAUGUCUGUCAGUUACACUGCUGUGAUGUCAGGUUCCAGAAUAUCAAGGCAACAUUCUUUAGAAGUGCCUUUUCACUUUGGGUUGACCCUAAGUUUAGAAUCAGUCAGCUUAUCGUCAAAGGGAAAAGGAAGGCCUGAAUGACAAGAAAAUACCUGUCAUGAGUUGGUUUGGAAAUUACUUCUCUAGGUUUCCUGAGGAUGUUUCCUUACUCAAUAUACACUCUCCUCUGUUGCUUUCACUCAUAUCAUCUGAAGAUGAACAUUUUAUUUCCAGCUUGAGGAGCCAUGAGCCAGCCCAGGCUGUGGUGAAGCAGCCUGUCUUGGGAGCCAGUGGCAGGACCACAGUCACGACGAUUGUCCAGACUGGCGGGGACUGGAGCACCGGCCUCUUCAGUGUCUGCAAAGAGAGGAGAAUUUGUUUCUGUGGUCUCUUUUGUCCGAUGUGUCUUGAGUGUGACAUCGCCAGGCAUUACGGAGAGUGUUUUUGUUGGCCAUUGUUACCUGGGUCCACCUUUGCACUGAGAAUUGGCACCAGAGAGAGACAUAAAAUACGGGGCACACUGUGUGAGGACUGGCUGGCGGUGCACUGCUGUUGGCCUUUUUCCAUCUGUCAGGUGGCCCGGGAACUAAAGAUGAGGACCUCCCGACUCUAUGAAAUCUCAGCAGCCCCUUCCACUAAGGAUACCUUUGUCUGACAGAGCAAGAAAGCUCCUCCUCCCUCCCCCUCGCCCUGCCCUCAAACCCCUCUUAGUAAAGAGAUUGUUAUAAAUUUUCACUGAAGCAGUAUGGAAAUAAAUGAUUCCCCCACUGCUGUCUUUACUGUUGUUCUUUCUUUCCUCAUUCCCCCCGAUGCAGACUCCUAUUUGUCUGGAUUUGUUGUGCCAGCCCAACCAUACCAGGCAGGUUCUAGAGGUGAGUUUUGUGCCCUCCAUCCGCCUGCCUGGAGUUUUGGAAGGCUGCGUUUUUCACCCUCUUCCUACUGCCAUCCUUUCAUGAGGGAUGUCUGGGAACCUGGAAGAAUUAAUAUUUGGCUUUCUUAAGCUAAGCCCCUUUUUCCAAAGUACUGGUGAUGGUGCAGGAGAUGGUUCAUUUUAGUUAGCUCCUGGACAGGGCACAGAAAUACAGAGGCACUGUCCUUCCCUUCUCCUGACUUCCUCAGUCCUGAUUGUGUAAAGGAGAAAGUCUCAGGUCACAGCUAAUCUUGAACACCUCUCUAGCACUUGCAAAUCCCUUGGGUAAGCAACUGUUGUGGGUUGAGUUGAAUUGUGUCUCUCCCCAACAUCAUUCCCCUCCUUCCCAAAGAUAUGUUAAAGUCCUAACUGUGGUAUCUGUGAAUGUGACAUUAUUUGGAAAUGGGGUCUUGUAGUAAUCAAGUCAGGGUGAAGUCAUUAGGUGAGCCCUAAUCCAAUAUGGCUGCUGUCCUUACGAGAAGAGACUUAGAGACACAGAGGGAAGACAGCCAUGUGACGACGGAGCUUAGAAUGAUGCCGCUGCAAGCCAAGGAUGCUUGGAGCUACCGGAAGCUGGAAGAGGCAGGGGAGAAUCCUCCCUUAGAGGUUUUGGAGGAAGCGUCGCCCUGCCAACAUCUUAAUUUUGGAUUCUAGCCUCCAGAGAUCCGUGAGAGAAUGCUUCCGUUGCUUUAAGCCGCCCAGUUUGUGGUACUUGGUUACUGCAGCCCUGAGAAGCGAAAACACCAACCAUCUAUGUGUGACUAGAAUACUUUCGUUUUUGUUCGGGCCGCGGCACAGAACAGUGCUGAGGAGCUUGGGUUGUGAAGCCUGAAAUGCCUCCUUCACUUACUGAUCGUGUAACUGUAGGCAAAUUUGCUAAUCCCUCUGUGCCUCAGUUUCCUCAUCUGUAAAAUGAGAGUUCCGACCUCGUAGAGCUGCGAGGAUUCGAACAAGUGAGACACUUAGUACAGUGCUUGGCAAGUAGCCAGGGCUCAGUACAUGUGAGCUGUCAUUACUAUGUAAUCUACUGCUACUUUACAGCCAUAGCACUUUAUACUGAUUUUCCAUUUACAGUUGAGAUUCAAAGUAUUCAAUUAAAUUUUAGAUUAAAAUGGAGUCGGUUAAAAAUAAGGAUAUUAAGUAAAUAAUAAUAUAGAUGGUUGGUGGAUAUGGCAAACAUUGUAAAGGUGGUAAAACGCUAAUUUUAUUGAGUACCCGUAUGUGCAAGGCAGGCACUGUUCAAAGUACUCUACAUGUUUUAAGACACUUAAUCCUUAGUGUUCCUCAGGUGCUAUUAUAGCUCUAUUUUCCGGAAAAGGAACCUGAGCCACAGAGAGGUUAAGUAACUUGCCCAAAGCCACACAGCUGGUAAGGGACGGAUAGCAAGCAGAGCAGGCUUCUGGCCAAGAGGCCUCUGGGGCCCUCGUGGUUGUACAACCUGGUGUUUGCUCUGUGGAGGUGAACUCAGCCUGGUGAGCAUUGAGAGGAAGCGCCACUCGCCCUGUCCCUAGUCAUCCCCACUGAAACUAAGCAGUUCUGGCUAACAAAGUGGUUCCUCUCCUCCCAUCCCUCCCUCUUGGAUGU